GCCGUGCGCGCGGGCGCGGGCGCGCUCCUGCUGCUGCUGGUGUUUUCGACAAGAUGGCGUCCAGCGGUGCAGUGAGGACCGGGAACCUUCCUCAGCCGCCGCCGCCGCACAAAACCGGGUCGGCCAGGAUUUGCUACUACGAGAUCGAGAGGACCAUCGGCAAGGGCAACUUCGCGGUGGUCAAGUUGGCGACUCACAUCGUCACCAAGGCCAAAGUUGCAAUAAAGAUAGUGGACAAAACACAGCUAGAGGAGGAAAACCUGAAAAAGAUCUUCAGAGAAGUUCAAAUCAUGAAAAUGCUCCGGCACCCCCAUAUUAUUAGGUUGUACCAGGUUAUGGAGACAGAAAGAAUGAUUUAUUUGGUGACGGAGUAUGCAAGUGGUGGGGAGAUAUUUGACCAUCUCGUAGCCCAUGGACGAAUGGCAGAGAAAGAAGCCCGAAAGAAAUUCAAACAGAUUGUUGCAGCGGUCCAUUUUUGCCACUGUCGAAACAUUGUACAUCGAGACCUGAAAGCUGAAAACUUGCUUCUAGACGCUAACCUUAAUAUAAAGAUAGCAGACUUUGGAUUCAGUAACAUCUUUACUCCAGGACAGUUACUUAAAACGUGGUGUGGGAGUCCACCAUAUGCAGCUCCCGAGCUGUUUGAAGGAAAAGAAUAUGAUGGCCCCAAAGUAGAUAUUUGGAGUUUAGGGGUGGUCCUGUAUGUGCUGGUGUGUGGGGCCUUACCAUUUGAUGGCAGCACACUGCAGAACCUCCGGGCCAGGGUACUGAGCGGGAAAUUCCGCAUUCCAUUCUUUAUGUCAACAGAAUGUGAGCACUUGAUUCGACAUAUGCUUGUGCUAGAUCCAAGCAAACGCUUAUCUGUGGAACAGAUCUGCAAACAUAAAUGGAUGAAGAUAGGAGAUCCUGACCCAGAAUUUGAUAGGUUAAUAUCAGAAUCUAAACAAAUCAAAGUGGAAAUCAAGACAGAACCGCUGAAUGAGCAGGUACUCAUGUACAUGACAGAGUUGGGUUUGGAAAGAGAACGCACACUACAGUCAUUGAAGACAGAUGGCUAUGAUCAUUUUGGUGCAAUUUAUAGCCUGCUAUGUGACAAGCUAAAACGACACAAGACAUUGCGGAUCUCUGCACCUCCUAGUGUACCUCGCACUAUGCCCUUCCAGUCGCCUGCAAAUGUCCAGGCUGAGCAAACAGGUAACACACUGAGUCUAAAUGUGCCACAAGUGCAGCUCAUCAACCCAGAGAACCAAAUAGUGCAGACUGAUGGCAAUAUGAAUCUAGAUAGUGAUGAAGGUGAAGAACCAUCACCAGAGGCACUGGCACGAUACCUAUCCAUGAGAAGACAUACUGUUGGCGUUGCAGAUCCCAGAACUGAAGUUACAGAAGAUCUGCAGAAAUGCCACCUACCUGGUUUCCCACGUGUCAUGCCUCAGGCUCCUUUCCUUCAGGUUGUUCCAAAUGUUAAUCUCAUGCAGAAUAUGCUACCUACACAGAACCUGCAGCCAGCCACACAGUUGGAGUACAAGGAACAAUCUUUGCUUCAGCCUCCAACUCUACAGUUGUUAAAUGGUAUGGGACCACUCGGUCGCCGUGCUUCUGAUGGUGGAGCCAAUAUUCAGUUACAUGCUCAACAGUUACUAAAGCGUCCAAGAGGUCCUUCACCUUUAGUCACCAUGAAUCCACACGCUGUGCCAGCCGUGACACCAGUAGAUGAGGAGAGCUCAGAUGGAGAGCCAGACCAGGAAGCUGUACAGAGGUAUCUGGCUAACAGGUCUAAACGCCAUACCCUUGCAAUGACCAACCCUACAGCUGAGGUCCCCCUAGAUUUGCAGAGGCAGCUGGGACAGCAACAGGCAAUCCGUUCACGGGCCUGGGUUCCUCACCCUGAGCAGCACAGCCGCGUUUGCUAUAAAGACCCCAAUACCCUGCACCUCCCGACAGAGAGAUUCUCACCAGUUCGCCGUUUCUCAGAUGGUGCUGCUAGUAUCCAAGCAUUCAAAGCCCAUUUGGAGAAAAUGGAGAAAAGCACAACCACCAAUAGUAGCAUAAAACAACUACAGCAGGAAUGUGAACAUUUGCAAAAGAUGUAUGGAAAUGCUGUGGAUGAAAAAAUAUUUGAGAAGACUCAGCAACAACACAUACUUUACCAACAAGAGCAACAAAUUCUACACCAACAAAUUCAGGAAUGUAUUCGACCAGCUCAGCCUUCACCUCCAUUGUCGACUGCUUCACUGGUACAGCAUGUGGAAAACCAACCAGCAUUCAUCACACACCAGCUGCAAAGGUUACAAAUUCAGCAUGAACAGUCAAGCCCUCCUCCUAACCAUCCCAACAAUCAUCCCUUCAGCAAAUCUAAUAACAGCCCUUCUCCUGGCACUACGGCCAUCAUGCAAUCCAGCAGUUGUGUUUCUUCUCCAUCUCAGUUUCAAGGCUUGACAUCCCAACAUGCUUUGUUCCAACAGCCAAGCAAUAGCCCCCCACCCCCAAACAUUAAUCUGCCUCGAAUGAAUUUACAACCUGGGUUGGCACAGCAAUCUCAAACGCAGCAGGUUACAAUCCAAGUCCAAGAGCCAACAGACAUGCUCAGCAAUAACUUGCUGCAAAGUGCUGGGCAAACAUUGCACACCACGUACCCCCGUGGAAUCAUCAGUCCAGGAAAUCAUCUUCCUCUACAACAGAGAGGGUUGCACAUACCAUCUCUUGGGCUUGGACAGCACAGGGCCUUAGCAAAACAAUUGAGUGCUGACAGUGCAGAGACAAGCAGUCGACCUAUCAGUCGAUUCUCUCCUUUGAGCUACGAUCAGCCGCACUUGCGCCCUCAUCUUUUCCAGGAGCAGUUUCGGUGUGGGACUAACAACUUCAAUCCAGCAGCAGCAUUUUCUCAAGCCAUGAAAAUUGCGCAGAUGGACCCGCUUUUAAACUAUAACAAUAUGGCUGGUAAAGCCCUCCUGCAGCAUGAGCAUCAGCAGCAGGAUCUCACAGCUUCAUCACUACAUCAGGCAUUGCUUUCUCCAACGCCAUCUGACUACACAAGACACCAACAAGUUUCACAGCAGUAUGGCCAUAUGAUCCAGGGUUUACUAUCACCCAGACACUCAUUGACAGGGCAACAGGACCUGCGCUUACCUCCUAUUGAGGCACAAUUUGUAAAACAUCACCAGCGGCAGCAGGAAUAUGACUUGCUGAGGCACAUGAACCAAGGGGUGGCAGAUGCUGGAAACAUGACUGCCAACCUAUGUGGGCAGCAACAGACUUUAUCAGAUCACCAAGCGUUAAAUAUGCCUUAUCAAAGUACGGAAACAUAUCAUCAGCACCAUCGUUUAUUACAGGUCAGAGGCCAAGAGCAUAUUGCACAGCCUCCUUCAUCAUCCCAAGGACACAGUUUUGUACACCAUCCCCCGUUGAUGCACUCGGAGAGUAUGGAAGAGGACUGUGCAAACGAAGGGAAUAGGGAGGUGUAUCAGGACAAUGCAGACUGCACUGACACAUCCACCAAAGCCUGCCAAGAGAAUCCAGUGCUACUUAAUGCUAUUAGAUGUAGGGAUGCAGAGACACUACUAGUAAAUAUGAAUCAUGUGCAUGAGAUGACACAGCCUUACAGUCAUCAGCCAGUCCCUGGCUUUGCCAGAAGCAAAGUGCCAAGUAGAGAAACUAUGUCUGGGGAUCGGAUGGAUGGCAGAAGACCUCCCAUGCAGCCCAUGGAGGUAAAUGAUCACAAUGGAGUUGGUUACACAACGAGACAGUCAACUAGAACCCUCCAGCGGCAUCAUACCAUUCAGACAAGUGAUGAUGCUUAUGAUCAGGCAGAACCUUCAGGGAUGAGUUUAUUAGCUGGAAAGGUGCUUAGCUCUGCCCGAAUGUCAGAUGUUGUCCUUAGCCAAUCAUCACUUACGGGGAGCCAACAGCUACAGACAAGAGGGAAUGAAGAAUGUGCUGAAAGUUCACAGAGUUCUGCUGAUCCAAACACAGGAGAGGGUUCACAACAUUCAAACAGUUCCUGCUGCUCCACCAAAUGCAUCACUGAGAUCCUGAAAGAACUGAAUCCACCAUUUGACAACAAACUUCUCACCUACAAACAUCCUGACCUGGCCUUUGGAAUGGAGCAAGCUGGAGUGUAGUGGAUACAGAGGUGAUCAACAGUGCUGCUGUUCUAAGGGGAAUAUGAGUGUGUUCAGCUUUGAGGUCAAAGGUCCAUUUUGCCGACAGUAUCUAGCAGCAUCACACCAAAACUUCAUUGUAUUUCUUUCCAGCACAAUAUCGUGACUUGUUUGCUGUCAGUUGAGGGGUUGCACUACUUGCCACACCUGUCAGUACCAGUCAUGAGAAGAAGAGAAGACUGAAGUUUUCAAAAUUGCAAAAAGAGAAAAAGUAAACAGCCAUGACCACCUCCCACCCACACCCUCCCCAAGUCAUCUUCAUGUGUGAAGCCCUUUCCCCCUGGCCUUAUCUUACAGAAACAGAAGCCCUCCAAACCCUGUGAUGUCACUUUAUCCAGGGAGAGUAACUGAGCAGUGCAGCAUGUGCCCUGAGGUGUAAUUUACUCUGUGAGCAAUAAGACUGCUUGCUGUCCCUCUGGUACUCCUCCAUUUUUGAUUUUUGCCUAACAGUGGUGCAAUAUGCUUUGUUUUCCUAAAUUUCUUUUCCAGUGUUUGUCACUGUGCUUUCUUUCUCAUGUUAAUUUCUGCGUCAUAUACCAAAAAAAAGUAUAUGGCCAUUUUUUAAAAACGAAGUUAGAUUUUAUGGAUUUUAUUUCCCAUUCACAUAGAUCUUGUUAUGUUACCUUAAGAUAUCAAUUAAAUUAACCGUGUUAAAAAAUAAACUGUCAAAAUGGAUGAUUUUGUUAUAUUUGAAUUGUAACUUGC